CCAUGGCCAUGCGACAGUUCCUUCUGAUUAUUGGAAUAUUUGUUUUGUCAUGCUUUAAAGGAGGUUUCACAGUUAAUCCCGAGGAGGAGAAGCCAAACUUCUGGCAUGUUAAAGCAAAACAGGCUCUGAAUACGGCACUCUCUAUGAAGCCCAACAUGCAUCGUGCUAAAAAUCUCAUCCUCUUCCUCGGAGAUGGCAUGGGAAUUAGCACUGUGACCGCAACCAGAAUCCUGAAGGGACAGAUGAACGGACAGACAGGAGAAGAAAAUGUCCUGGCCAUGGACACAUUUCCACAUCUCGCUCUGUCAAAGACCUACAAUGUGGAUAAGCAGAUGCCUGACAGUGCAGCGACAGCCACCGCGUAUCUCUGUGGUGUGAAAGCUAACUAUGGCACUCUGGGUCUGAGUGCUGCUGCACGCCGCAAAAACUGCAGCACAACUAAAGGCAAUGAAGUUAAAUCUGUUCUGCAUCAAGCAAAGAUGGCAGGGAAGUCUGUAGGCAUUGUAAGCACAGCACGUGUCCAGCAUGCAUCACCUGCAGCCAGUUACUCUCACACCGCUGACAGGGAAUGGUACAGUGACAAAGAGCUACCUUCUGAAGCCGUGGCAGGUGGAUGCAAGGAUAUUGCAUAUCAGCUCGUCCAUAAUACCGAUAUAAAUGUUAUUUUAGGUGGCGGCAGGCAGUACAUGUUUCCCAAGGAUAUGAAAGAUCCUGAAUACUCAACAGUGACGGGUAGCCGACAGGACAAUGUAAACCUCAUUGAUGAGUGGCUCAAAAACAGAAAGAAUGCCAAAUAUGUCUGGAAUAAACAAGAACUUGAUGCUGUCAAAGAAGAGAAUACUGAGUACUUGAUGGGACUUUUUGAGCCAAAGGACACCAGGUACGAGUUGGAUCGUGACACAAAAAUGGAUCCAUCCUUGACAGAGAUGACUGAGAAAGCCAUAAAGAUUCUUAGCAAAAACCCUAAAGGAUUCUACCUCUUUGUGGAAGGUGGGAGAAUAGAUCAUGGCCAUCACGCAGGGCAGGCCAAAUACGCUUUGACCGAGGCUGUGGAAUUUGACAGGGCCAUUGCGCGGGCGGCUGAGCUGACCAGUGAACUGGACACUAUGACUGUGGUCACCGCUGACCACUCACAUGUCUUUUCUUUUGGUGGCUACUCUUACAGGGGAAAUCCUGUGCUAGGCACUUCCUAUUCAAAAGCUUUGGAUGGUAAGCACUUUACUAAUGCACUUUAUGGCAACGGUCCAGGAUACCAGAUUGUGAAUGGAGUUCGCCCUGACGUGAACGAGACCGUCUCAAGCGGUGAUGAAUAUCUUCAGCAGGCUGCUGUACCUCUCGAAUCAGAAACUCAUGGUUCUGAAGAUGUUGCCAUUUUUGCCAAAGGUCCAAUGUCCCACCUCUUCCAUGGAGUCCAGGAGCAAAGUUACAUAGCUCAUGCUAUGGCUUAUGCAGCCUGUAUUGAGCCUUACACUGACUGCCAAGUGGAGCUACAACCCACCAUAUCCACUAAACCUGACAACAACUAUGCAGCUUCCACUCAGUUCAGUCUCCUGGUUCUGGUGUCGGGCUUGGUGUCUUCUCUCAUGGCUCUGACAUAAUGCCACUAAAGGGGAUGAGGAGUGUUUCUACUAACACACUGCAAUACUCAGCAAUGCAACUGCUACAUUUGAAGCUGUCACACUGCAUAAAAAAAAACAACAGUUUUUUAAUCAGUUUUAUUAUUUUCAGUAAAAAUAUCUAAACAUCCUUAAAAAAUCCUCUGUGAGGAAAUCAUUUCAGUUUCGACUUUUAAUGGAGUUUAGGCAUGCAGGGGUUGUCCUACACUUCCAAAGGUGGUGGAGCAAAAUUGAAUAAACUAUUAAUUAAAUAUCAUGUCAAAUGAUAACAGUGUGGUGAAGUGUGCAUUAUAUCAAGAUAUUACGUCCACUGUAAUUUGCUGGUGUUUUCUUUAGGUGAAAAGAUGGCUCGAAACAAAUUAAGUCUGCACUACUGUUGGAAUAGAUAGGAUAUUUCGAUGAGCAAAUUCCAUAAAUGUAUUGUGAAAUUUGAUUUAUUAAACAGUAAUUGAACUGAAACCAAUGGAAUAUUCAUUUGGAGCAUAACAGCAGAUCAAUUCUGACAUUUCAUAAUGAUAAGGAACAGGAUUAACAAUAAAACAAUCUCACAGUCUCUUUUAUUGCAUCGGUACUGUAGAUUUUUCUUUAAGAAAACAUUCCCCACUUUCAUGUUUAUGGCUGCAUUCAUACUUAUGCAUUGUAUGAAGGACUGUUGGGGGACUGUUUAUGGGGCCAGUAAAUCUGAAAAGGGUCUGCUACAGUAUCACAAUAACAUGGUUUUCCAAUAUUGCUGUAGAGUUGUCUUGUUUGCCCAAGGCCUUUGAUUUAAUUGAUUAUUCUAUGCAGACAUGGCACUCAUUUUGCAGAUGUAAGGGAUUCUGCACAGUCUUGCAGACACCAUCAAUCUGAGGUGACCUCACCACAAUCUGUGUAAUCUGUACAAAUCUUCUGUAGUGAACCUGUGGGAUCUGUUGAGUCAGUCUUUCUUAGCUGGUUUCAAAAUCAUCUCAAUCAAGCUAAAGUUAAACCUGAAGCUUCUGAGCACUUCAUGUUGCUAUUCAUAGGCAACAUAUGUAGGCAUAUUUGUAUAUUGCAUUGUAAUCUGGUUGCUACUAUGAUAUUACAUUGGCACUUAAAGGAUUAGUUAACCCAAA